CACAGAACAACUAUUAUCUUAGUCCGCGUUUUGCUAAUUUGUUGAUUUAUUUUUCAAAUUUGCUCAACUAAAGUCUAAAUCAUGAAAUAAUUAUUGAAUUWCUGUACGACUGGUUUUUUCAUACCACAGAUCAAAUCUGUUACCAUGUUGCGUAGAUCUAAACGUACUUGCAAGUCAAAGGUAACUGUUYCUGWUGAAAAUAAUUCCCACGAACCCCCUGUCAAACGUAAACGUGGUAGUCGACUUGAAGUUUCUGUUAAGAAUUCAACAACUGAAGAUGAUAGUUCUGGAGAUGAAUUUGUGCCAACAGAAAAUACUCCCAUAAAAACUUCAUGUACUUUAAAUUUAUCUGAAUCGGACAGUGAUAAUGAUACUCAAGAUUGUAGUAAGGCCAAUGUGAAAGCAUUKAAAUUGUCUGAUACUGAAAGUGAAGUUGAUGACAAUGUUUGUCAAACAAAUUUUGAUUUCAACACUCUUUCAAAGCCUCAAGAUACUUCAGAACUAUUCAAAAGUGAUGUGGAAUCUAAGGUCGUUGAAACUAUUGCAGAAAAUGGUCUUUAUAAUGAUAUGGAUGUUGCCAAAAUCUUAUCUGUGGGAGAAGGAGUUAAUUUAAAAACAGUUUUAAAUAAUGUUGAUGAAACUGUAGAAGAGGAUAUGAAGCGUGAUGAUAAUUAUACUAUUCCUGAAAUGGUUGAAAUCACUGUUAAACUUCCGAAUGAUAUGAAGUGUAAAAAAGGUCAAGAUAUGGAAAAUAUUCUCAGGAGACGUAUGAAUACAAUUUGUAAAGAUACUCAAGUUUUAAUUCAUAAAGUAAAUCUUCUUUUAUGGAUCGCUUAUGGCAAUCGGUUGAACAGUGUUCUUAAUUCACCAGAAGUCAUGGGAUCAGCAUUGUCUCUUGUACCAUCUAAAAAAGCAUAUCCGCCAAAGCAAUGUGAUUUAAAUUAUUUAGAAAAUUAUAUAACAUGGUUUUCUAAAAAAAUUAAAAUAUCUUCAAAAACCGAUCCAUUAUGUGAAAUAAAUGUAUUAUCUUUGACAGACCGAUUUUCAAGAUGUGAAGCUAAUACAAGAUAUGAACUAAUUGCAAUGUUUAUUUCUAUGUUGAGAUCAUUAGGAUUGAAUGUACGGUUAGUGAUAAAUUUAAAUGCUGUCUCAAUCAAACCAUGUUCUGAACAAUUAUUGGGUCCUUUAGUAAAUGAUGAUCAUAAUCUUAUGAAACCAUCUUGUAGUAAAUCUAAUAAAGAUAAUAUAAAGAAAACUUCGUCAAAAUCAGAAUAUUUCGAUAAAAAAUCAAAUAAACUCGAAAAGAGUAAAAAAGAGCUUAAAACGAAAAAUUCUAACAUAGAUAAUAGAAAAAAUAAAACCAAAGUUGGUAAAAGUGUUGAAAAUAUUUCUUCAAGUGAUACAGAAGAUGAAAUUUUCAUAAAAAGCAAACAAAGUGCUAAAUCUGAGUAUUUUAAUAAAACAUCUAACAAAGCACAAUCUGAUUUAAAAAAAUCAAAGUCCGUUAAAGACAAAAAACUAACAAAAAAAAAAUCUAAAAUAAGUGAAAAAAUUGAUCGUCGUGUUGUUUCAACUGAUGAAGAAGACCAUACAACACAUACUAGUGAAACAGUUGCUAAAAAAAAAGUGAAAAAUGACUUUUGGGUGGAAGUAUUUUUGGAAAUGGAAGAAAAAUGGUUUUGUGUGGAUGUCAUUGGUCAACGUAUACAUUGCAUCAAAGAAAUAUAUAAUGGUGCAUCUCAUCCUAUGCGUUAUGUUUUGGCUUGGUAUAACGACAAUAGUAUCAAAGAUAUUACUAAACGAUAUGAUCCAUAUUUUCAUACUCUAACACGAAAAAUUCGCGUGGAUCCUAAAUGGUGGAAAACUACUUUACGAYCUUACACUCCUACAGGAUCAGCUAGAGAACGUGAGGAGGAUGAUGAACUUAAUAAACAAUUAGAAGAAAUACCAUUACCUAAAACAGUUUCUGAGUAUAAAAACCAUCCAUUGUAUGCCCUAUCAAGACACUUACUAAAAUUCCAAGCCAUAUAUCCGCCAGAACCACCAAUUGUUGGAUAUGUUAGAAAUGAACCAGUUUAUUUACGAGAAUAUGUUCAUGAGCUUAACGGUAGAGAAAACUGGCUAAAAGAAGCCCGUGUGGUUAAAAUGGGUGAAAAAUCGUAUAAACAAGUGAAAUCUCGUCCUAGAUUUGAUAGGAAUGGUGUGCGAACAGAUCCUCCACCAUUGGAAUUGUUUGGUUAUUGGCAAACUGAACCCUAUGAUCCUCCAACUGCUACUAAUGGCCAAGUUCCUAGAAAUUGUUAUGGCAAUGUUGAUUUAUUCAAGCCUUGCAUGUUACCUAAAGGAACUGUUCAUCUUCAACUUCCUGGAUUACUGCGUGUUGCAAAAAAACUAAACAUUGAUUGUGCUCCUGCAGUUGUAGGUUUUGAUUUUCAUGCAGGUGGUUCCCAUCCUGUAAAUGAUGGUUUUGUAGUAUGUCAAGAGCAUAAAGACACUUUAAUAGAUGCAUGGAACCAAGAACUUGAAGAAAGUCGCAAGCGAGAGCAAAAAAGGUAUGAAGAUAGAGUUUAUGGUAAUUGGAAACGAUUAGUAAGAGCUCUUCUUAUUCGUGAACGAUUGAAAAUUAAAUACAAUUAUUUUGGAAGUAAUAAAGAAGGCCAAUCUACUUCUAAGACAACUGACUGCAAAAAAUAAAACCUUUUGUAUUACUAUAUUUAAUUAUUUUUAAUGAAAUCUAUAUCUUGUACAUUUCAAUAGUCAUUAAUAUUUAAUUCCAACAGUAUUAUUAUUUAUUAAUGUUAUUUGGGUUGAUU